AUGCCUGUAAUGAGAAGAAUGCUGUUGCUGCCCUUGUGCCUGCUGGUCCUGAUCCAGCUGCAGGCGGAGGCCAGACCUGCUAGCGCUGAUGAAGCUGUCCCAGUCGAGCCCUCGGUGUAUACGCUCUACCCGGGAGAGAGGCUGGAGCUGAACUGUAAGAAUAAAGAGGAGGUUCAGGAGGUGACCUGGACCAAGGACCAGGCCGUGCUGGUCGACGGAGAGCACACGCGCCUGCGGAACGGACAGCUGGAGAUCGAAAGCGUGGAGCCUUCAGAUUCCGGCCUCUACACCUGCGUGGCGCGAGGUUCCUUCAGCAACCACACGCUCUACUUCAACGUAAACGUCUCAGAUGACGAUGAGGAGGAGUCUUCAUCAGAGGAGGCCAAGCUAUCCAGCAGCCAAAAGCUACUUCCGAUGGCUCCUCAGUGGGCUCAGCCGGAGAAGAUGGAGAAGAAACUUCACGCUGUUCCCGCCAGUAAGACAGUGAAGUUUCGCUGCCAGGCCAACGGGAACCCAACGCCAACUCUCAAAUGGCUCAAGAACGGAAAAGAGUUUAAGAGAGACCAACGCAUUGGAGGAUUCAAGGUUCGGGAACACAUGUGGACCAUAAUCAUGGAGUCUGUGGUGCCCUCAGACAAAGGCAACUACACCUGUGUGGUGGAGAACAAAUAUGGCAGUAUCAACCACACCUACCAGCUGGAUGUAGUUGAGCGAUCUCCACACAGGCCCAUCCUGCAGGCGGGCUUGCCGGCCAAUCGUACGGUGGUGGUGGGGAGUGAUGUGGAGUUUGAGUGCAAGGUCUUCAGCGACCCACAGCCUCACAUCCAGUGGCUUAAACACAUCGAGGUCAACGGCAGCAGAGUGGGUCCGGAUGGCCUGCCUUACGUCCGGGUCCUGAAGACCGCUGGCCUUAACACAACGGACAAGGAAAUGGAGGUUCUUCAGAUCAGGAAUGUUACUUUUGAGGACGCUGGGGAAUAUACCUGCUUGGCGGGCAAUUCUAUCGGGCAUUCCCAUCACUCUGCAUGGUUGAAUGUCUAUGAAGAGGAGCCCCCAUCUCCCAUCCCCUCCCAGGCCUACCUGGAGGUCCUCAUCUACUGCGUCGGCUUCUUCAUCAUCUUCAUCAUGGUGGCGGUCACCGCCCUGGCCAAAAUGCACAGCUCGUCCAAAAAGAGUGACUUCAGCAGCCAGCUGGCCGUGCAUAAGCUGGCCAAGAGCAUCCCCCUGCGCAGACAGGUAACAGAAAGUAUAUAGGGGGUGUCAGUGGACUCCAGCUCCUCUCUCCACUCGGGCGUGAUGCUGGUGCGACCGUCCCGCCUCUCCUCCAGUGGCUCCCCCAUGCUGUCGGGCGUGUCUGAGUACGAACUGCCCCAGGACCCGCGCUGGGAGAUCUCCAGGGACAGGCUGGUUCUGGGGAAACCUCUAGGGGAGGGCUGUUUUGGUCAGGUGGUGAUGGGUGAGACUGUGGGCCUGGAUAAAGACAAACCCAACCGCGUCACCAAAGUCGCCGUCAAGAUGCUUAAACCCGACGCCACAGAGAAAGACCUGUCAGACCUCAUCUCGGAGAUGGAGGUGAUGAAGAUCAUCGGCAAACACAAGAACAUCAUCAACCUGCUGGGAGCAUGCACGCAGGACGGUCCUCUGUACGUGAUCGUGGAGUACGCCGCCAAGGGUAACCUGCGGGAGUACCUGCGGGCACGCCGCCCUCCUGGCAUGGAAUACUGCUACAACCCGGACCAGGUGCCCGUGGAGAACAUGUCCAUCAAAGACCUCGUCUCCUGUGCCUACCAGGUGGCGCGGGGCAUGGAAUACCUGGCAUCAAAAAAGUGUAUCCAUAGAGAUCUGGCUGCUCGUAACGUCCUGGUCACGGAGGACAACGUGAUGAAAAUCGCCGACUUUGGCCUGGCCCGAGACAUACAUCAUAUUGAUUACUACAAGAAGACAACCAACGGCCGUCUGCCUGUGAAGUGGAUGGCACCGGAGGCUCUGUUUGAUCGUAUAUACACACAUCAGAGCGACGUGUGGUCUUUCGGCGUUCUCCUGUGGGAGAUCUUCACGUUGGGUGGCUCUCCUUACCCGGGAGUGCCUGUGGAGGAGCUCUUCAAACUCCUCAAGGAGGGUCAUCGCAUGGACCGGCCCUCCACCUGCACACACGAACUGUACAUGAUGAUGAGGGACUGCUGGCAUGCUGUUCCCUCCCAGAGGCCAACGUUUAAACAGCUAGUGGAGGAUCUCGACCGAACUCUGUCUAUGACGUCCAAUCAGGAAUACCUGGACCUCUCCGUGUCUCUGGACCAGUACUCUCCCGGUUACCCAGACACACGCAGCUCCACCUGCUCAUCUGGAGAAGACUCCGUGUUUUCCCAUGACGCCGGGGCAGACGAGCCCUGCCUGCCCAAAUUCCCCCCCCAGCCCAACAGAGGAGUGGCCUUCAAAAAACGCUGA